AUGCGAUACAAUUCUACAGGAGCAGUCAUCAGAGAACAGGACUACUAUUUUGAUCGGGAUGACACGGCUCUGGAGGGUGUAGGCCACUUCUUCCGUGAAUUGGCUGAGGAGAAGGGUGAGGACACCGAGCAUCUCCUCAAGUCACAGGAUGAUCACAGAGGCCUUGCACUCUUUCAGAGGCCAUGUCAAGAUGAGUGGGGUAAAACUCGGGAGGCCAUGGAAGCUGCCUUGGCCUUGGAGAAGAACUUGAACCAGGCCCUCUUGGAUCUUCAUUCCCUGGGUUCUGCUCACACAGAUCCUCAUCUCUGUUACUUCAUUGAAAACCAAUUCCUGGAUGAAGAGAUGAAGGUCAUCAAGAAGAUGGGCAACCACCUCACCAACCUCCACAGGCUGGCUGGGCCCCAGGCAUCUCUAGGCGAGUACCUCUUUGAGCGGCUCACUCUCAAGCAUAACUAA